GGCUCAGUUGCUGUUGUUCCCAGUUGCUUCCACUUUGUUAUGAUACCACUAACAGUUGAAUAUUUACUAGCAAGGAAAUUCACAGAUGGACUUAUUGCACAGGUAGAACCCUAUCACAGUAUCACGCUUGAAUUCACUGAGCUCCUGAGAGCGACCCAUUCUUUCUCAAAUGUUUGUAGAAGCAGUCUGCAUGCCUAGGUGCUUGAUUUUAUACACCUGUGGCCAUGAAGGUGAUUGGAACACCUGAAUCCAAUGAUUUUGAGGGGGUUGCCAAGACCCAAAAAUGGUGGAUGGAG